AUGAAUUUUUGGAGUGCACAGUGUUUUAUGAUUUUUGCAGUUCUCAGCGUGGUUACAUCGUCCAGAGUGCUAGAACUAAGCGACAAAUUUAUUGAUAUAAGCAAUGAGGGUAUGUGGUUCGUGAAGUUCUAUGCGCCAUGGUGCGCUCACUGUCGGAGGAUAGAACCUAUAUGGGCACAUGUCGCCCAGUCACUCUACAACACUCCUAUAAAAGUAGCAAAAGUUGAUUGUACUAGAUUUAUGGCUGUCGCAACACAGUUCAAAGUCAGAGCAUACCCAACAAUCAUGUUUAUAAAAGGUCCCUAUCGUCAUGAGUAUAUUGGUGAGCGUGUUAAAGAAGAUAUGGUUAAUUAUGCCCUGCGGAUGUCUCAACCUGCUGUUCAGAGGUUGUCACAGGCUGAUAGUCUUGGGUAUUUGAAGGAGACUCAUCCAGUUUUCUUUGGAUAUGUAGGAAAACAACAAGGACCAUUAUGGGAAAUAUUCACAAUACAUGCAGAAAAGUAUCAACCACAUACAUGGUUCUAUGCAAUGUCACAUGAACUCUUGAAAAAUGAUGUGAAAAUACCAAAUGAAACGGCUGUAUUUGUUUACAAAGACGAUGAGGCAUACUUCUUUGAUGCAAAUCCUUCAUUAAUUGAAGAUAAAGAAGCCUUAAAUGUAACUUUGGAUAAAUGGAUUAACUCUGAGAGGUUUGGCCUCUUCCCAAAGGUCACUAGAUCAAACAUAAAUGAAUUAAUGGACAUAGAAAAAUAUAUAGUUAUUGCAAUUGUUUCUGAAAAUAAAUUAAAUGAAAUAACUCAAACAGAGAGAGACUUUAAAGACAUGGUAGAGAGCAUUAUCAAGAAGAGGAAACGAGAUCUUCAUCAUAGAUUCCAGUUUGGUUGGAUGGGAAAUCCAGAGUUAGCUAACUCAAUAGCUAUGUCUGAACUGACAAUACCUCACUUGAUAGUUCUCAACUCAACAACAGGCCACCACCAUAUUCCUGAAGAUGAUCCUGUUCUCAUGACACCUGAAGCUGUUUCAAUGUUCCUGGAUCAAAUUCAUAAUCAAGUAGCACCGACAUAUGGAGGCAACAGUUGGCUUGUCCGUUGCUACAGAGGCUUUUUUGAAGCUAGAACUACAUUAACGAACAUGUGGAGAGGAAACCCAGUAUUAACGGCCCUCGUGUUCGGUCUACCCUUAGGAUUUUUAUCGCUUAUUUGUUACUCGGUAUGUUGUGCUGACAUACUUGAUGCAGAAGAAGAAGAUACUCCAGAAACUCAUGAGAAGAAGGAUUAA